GUUCCAGCAAGCCCUAGGGUUUUAGGGUUCUGCUACGAACAAUGUCACAGGACGAGUAUGGAGUUCUUCUCUACUACAGGUACACCUCCAUCCCUGAUCUGGACAACCUUCUCUCCUUCUACGAGUCCAACUGCAGCUCACUUGGUCUUCUCGGCCGAGUUCGUCUCUCUCCCAACGGCGUAAAUGUCACCGUUGGUGGGCAGUUUGUAUCUUUGGAGAAGCACAUUGAUGCUGUGAAGUCCAAUAGUUUGUUUGAAGGGACUGACUUCAAGCUUGCUUCUUGCCAUUACCCUUUGGAUGACAAGGUUGCUCGUGAAUGUGGGUUCACUUCUCUUUCAAUUCGGAUCGUCGAGGAAUUGGUUACUUUCAGUUCUUAUCCGCUGCUGAAACAUCCAGAGGUUUCUAAUGCUGGGAGGCAUCUAUCUGCUGCGGAAUUCCAUUCUGUUCUUCGGAGUGCAGGACAAAUUGGAGGGGAUGGGAUUGAUGAUAAGCAGCUAGUCCUACUAGACGCAAGAAAUUUAUAUGAGACAAGAAUAGGCAAGUUCCAUGUGCCACAUGUUGAAACGCUGGAUCCAGGAAUCAGGCAGUAUAGUGAUUUGCCCAGCUGGAUAGAUGACAAUGCAGAACAAUUGAAGGGAAAAAAUGUCCUCAUGUAUUGCACUGGAGGAAUCCGGUGUGAGAUGGCAUCAGCUUAUAUCAGGUCAAAAGGUGCAGGAUUUGAGAAUGUGUUUCAGUUAUUUGGGGGAAUACAACGUUAUUUGGAACAAUAUCCUGAUGGUGGUUUCUUUAAAGGGAAGAACUUUGUAUUUGAUCACCGAAUUUCAGUUGGGAGCUCAGAUCCAAAUAUAAUGGGCACCUGCCUUCUUUGUGGCACUUCAUUUGAUGAUUAUUCUUCACGUUGCCGAUGCAUUCACUGCAGAAUGCUUGUUCUGGUCUGUGAUAGUUGUCAGCAGAUAAAUGAUGGUGUGUAUGUUUGUGAGCUCUGCCAGAAACAUGGUAAGGGUAUUGAGUCAAUUCCAUCCAUUAAGAAUAGCAAGUCUGAAGCAGCACUGGAUCAAAAUGGGCAGAAAAAACUUUCUUCAGAUUCCAAACUCUCAUCUCAGCUGUCUUCAAAACAUGCUAGCGGGCCUCCAAGGAAGCUAAGAAUCUUAUGUUUGCAUGGAUUCAGGCAAAAUUCCUCCAGCUUCAAAGGAAGAACAGCAUCAUUAGCCAAGAAACUUAAAAGCCUUGCUGAACUUGUUUUUGUUGAUGCACCUCAUGAGUUACCAUUCGUCUACCAGCCUUCUUCAACAGAACCAGAUGGCAGUUCAUCUCUGGCCUCACAAAAUCCCCCACCAUCAGAGAACUGCAGGAGGAAGUAUGCGUGGUUGGUUGCACCUGAUUUCAUUGAAAAAAAUGAUACUGAUUGGAAAAUAGCCAAUCACCCAUUUGACCCUCUCCAGUAUCAGGGACAAACAGAUGGCUUUGACUUAUCACUAUCAUAUUUGAAGAGAGUAUUCUCUGAGGAAGGACCCUUUGAUGGGAUUCUGGGAUUUUCACAGGGAGCUGCAAUGGCUGCUUCCGUUUGUGCACGGCAACAGAGGCUAAAGGGUGAAAUUGAUUUCAGAUUUGCGAUAUUAUGCUCUGGAUUUCCUCUUCCAAUACCAGAGUUGGAUCAAGGAACAAUUAAUUGUCCUUCGCUUCACAUAUUUGGCAGUGAGCCGGGGAAGGACAGGCAGAUCACCAGCCAGGCGAGCAGAAACCUUGCAUCAUUAUUUGAAGACGGUUGUUCUGUUGUCAUUGAACAUGAAUCUGGACACAUCAUUCCAACUCGUUCUCCUUACAUCGACAACAUUAAGAACUUCCUUCAACGAUUUCUCUGAUGACAUUAAGCCUGUUUCUUUAAUCAGGAUAAUGUCUGACAUCCGUGCUGUUUUUGUAUGCCUUAACACCUCUGCCUAGACUAAUGUAUUCUACUGGGUUCUUUUAAAGCAAUUCAGAUGUCUUUUAAGUGCUUGACUUGUGUAUUUGAUUGGUUUUUCAUCUGCUUUUACCUUGUUCAAAUGUAGAUUUAUCCUUGUGCUCUAAUAUCUAAAAGGACUAGUUUUUUUCUUGAAAACAUUAAAAAUUAGUUGUUUGA